GAAAACUGGAUGAGCAGGCCGAUAGACAACAUUCCCCUGUGGUCUCUGCUUCAGUUUCUGCCUCAAGUUCCUGCCUUUAAUUCCUGCCCUGACCUCCCUUCACGACAGACUGUAACCAGAAAGGACAUUGCUUUCUUCAAUCAAUCAACAUGAAUGCAGUGGCAGACACAGCCAUCUUUUUUGGAAAGUUUCUAUACUACUUUUUAGAAUCUUUAGUCUUCAAGAUAAUCCCUAAAGGAAAAAAGAACGUUUCCGGAGAGACUGUACUUAUAACAGGAGCUGGGAGUGGACUUGGAAGGUUACUGGCCAUACAUUUCGCCAGCCAUGGGGCCAAUUUAGUUCUCUGGGAUAUUAAUCAAGAAGGCAAUCUGGAAACAUGUAGACUGGCCAAGGAAAAAGGUGACGUGAAAGUCUAUGCUUAUAAAUGUGACUGCAGCGACAGGAGAGAGGUCUACAGGGUUGCUGACAAGGUUAGAGAAGAAGUCGGUGAUGUCACAAUUCUCAUUAAUAAUGCAGGUAUUGUAACAGGGAAGCCCUUCCUUGAGAUUCCAGAUCACAUGGUGGAAAAAUCAUUUCUUGUCAAUGUCAUGUCUCACUUCUGGACUUGUAAGGCCUUCCUUCCUGCCAUGAUUAAAGCUAACCACGGUCACCUGGUCUGUAUUUCAAGCAUGGCAGGGUUAGUCGGUAUUAAUGGACUAUCAGAUUAUUCUUCAAGCAAAUUUGCAGCCUUUGGCUUUGCCGAAUCUCUCUUCCUUGAAUUAACUAUGAUAAAGAAAACUAAAGUUAAAAGCACCAUUGUUUGCCCCUAUUUCAUCAAAACUGGAAUGUUUGAAGGCUGUACAACCAAGUACCCACUUCUUUUACCUCUCCUGGAGCAGGAGUACGCGGCCAAAAAAGUUUUCAAUGCUAUUUUAGAGGAACAAGUUUACCUCCUCAUACCCAAGUUUUCAUAUGUUGCAUUGAUUCUCAAACAGAUAAUAUCUCCAAAAAUGAUGAUUGCCCUUGGUGAGUACCUUGGCAUGGACAGCUGUAUGACUUCAUUCACAGGGAGAGCAAAAGCAAAGGAACUGCAUCCUGAAGCAGAAAGGAAAGAGCAGUAGCUCUGGCCUUGACCAUGAUAAUCACAUAGAGUGAUGAGAGAGUAUGCUGUUGGGAAUGCCCCUAGUAGUUGUAGCAUGUCCUUCUACCUGGGACCACCCAGGCUUUGGAAAGUAUAUACCUUCCCUUUCCAGGAGACAGUUUGCACAUAGCUCUUUCUCUUUCUCUUCUCUCUCCUCAGUUUUCUUUCUUUCUUUUUUUUCAUUCAAGAUCUCAAUAUACUGUCUAGGCUGGCCUUUCAUGAUCCUCCUUUCAUAAGCCUCAGCCUUUGAGGGCUGGGUUGGUAGAUAUUUAUCACCUUUCCCAGCCACACUGAUAUUCUUCUAAGCAUUUAUACUAUCUAUCUAGAUUCCCAUAUAAUUCUUUCGUUUGGUACAUAAAAAUUUUGCAAUCUUUUCAGUGAACUCUGAUCAUAUUGUAUUUAUAGAAUGUUAAUGCAAAUUAGCCCUAAUCUCAUUUUAAAAUAGAAUAUAAGAUACUUCCAGGAAAGAUGUAAUUAUAAGUAAUGAACUUGUAAAUCAGUGUUGAGAACUGAUAAAUUUUCAAUAUCUGAUAUAGUAUACAUGUUAAUUUUAUAGUUAAAAUGUUUACUUCAAAAACUGAAGAUGGAUUUGUAUUGCCUAUUAAUCCCUACUGGAUUUAGGUGAUCGCAUGAAGAUUGUUAUUGCGACCAAAACUGAACAUGCUUAUUGUAUUAAAGAAAUCUGUAACUUAUCAGUUUUGUUUGUGUCUCAAUGUGUUAAAGAAUUCUUCACUCUUUUACUUCUUAGGAAAAGUAAUUGCUGUAGACCUUAUAUACUCUGCUGUCUUAUAAAUAAAAUAUACUUUUGUAAUAA